AUGCCGACCGAAUUCAUCUCCCUCACGUUCCCCAACGACAGCAAUGAGCUUGCGCCCAAAGUCGGCGCGCCGGCGGACCCGGCGUACUUGACGCGGUACGCGCGCACGCUCGACGACUACGGGUUCAAGUACACGCUGCUGCCGUACGACGCGGGCGGAUUCGACCCGUGGACGCAGAGCGCGUACAUUGCGUCCGUGACCAAAAACCUCAAGGUCAUCGUGGCCCUGCGGCCCAACACGGUGUACCCGACGGUGGCGGCCAAGGCGCUGGCGACGCUGGACCAGCUGAGCAACGGGCGCGCGGUGGUGCACUUCAUCGCGGGCGGCAGCGACGCGGAGCAGGCGCGGGAGGGGGACUUUCUGACCAAGGAGCAGCGGUACGGGCGGCUGGAGGAGUACAUCAAGAUCCUGCGGCGGGCGUGGGCGAGCGCGGCGCCGUUUGACUGGGAGGGCACGUACUACCAGUUCAAGAACUACAGCAACCGCGUGCGGCCGGCCAACGGCAAGACGACGAUCCCCGUGUCGGUGGGCGGGUCGUCGCCCGAGGCGUACCGGGUGGGCGGGUCGCUGGCGGACAUCUUUGGGCUCUGGGGCGAGCCGCUCAAGGACACCAAGGAGCAGAUUGAGACGAUCUACGCCGAGGCCGCCAAGGCCGGCCGCACGGACCGCCCGCGCAUCUGGGUGACGUUCCGGCCCAUCGUGGCCGAGACCGAGGAGCUCGCGUGGGCCAAGGCGCACCGCACGCUCGACGUGCUCAACGGCAACCAGGAGACCUUCCGCAAGACGUUCCCCAACUUUGCGCCGGGCGGCCACGCGCCGCAGAACGUCGGCUCGCAGCGCCUGCUCGAGAUUGCCAAGCGCGGCGACGUGCAGGACCGCGCGCUGUGGUACCCGACCGUCACGGCCACCAACGCGCGCGGCGCGUCCACGGCGCUCGUGGGCUCCUACGACACCGUGGCCGAGGCCAUCCUCGACUACGUCGACCUGGGCGCCGAGCUCAUCUCCAUCCGCGGCUACGACAACUACCACGACGCCGUCGACUACGGGCGAUACAUUCUGCCGCGCGUGUACCAGGGCAUUGCCGACAGGGAGAAGGCCAAGCAGGCGACAGAGACAACAGAGACGACAACGGCGCAGACGACAAACGGCGACUCCCAGGCGCCUGCGGCGAGUGCAUGA